AAAUAUACCUUAGCAAGGCUGUAUUGAACCAUGCCAAUACCCCAUGUCCCCGCUGUCCCGUCAGCUGGUUUGAAAAUUGGGGGCUGGCUCUGAACACUUGAAAACUUCCCUUUGCACGUUAUAUCGACGCUAUUAGGAGACAAUGGAAGCGGAACGGAGGCAGAUAAAUGACGAGACACUGGCCAUAGCUUCGACUGAAACUUGGAAUACCUUCUUGUCAAGGACGUCGGUAUCCAGUCUCAGCUCUGCGGCAUUCUCAAACCCUAGCCAAACUGGCCAGGUCAAUGGCCUUGAUGACAUCCUUGACACUGUUAAAACGCUUUCUCUACGCCGUAUCCCAUAUGAGGAGAUUGAACGCCAGGAUGUCGUUGGCGAAGGAGAGACCUUCGUCGUUGAGCGCUGUGUCGUGCGAAAUCAAAUUCUAGCGAUAAAGCAUUUAAAAGCCAACCUGUCGCCCGAUGACAGCAUAUUUCGGCGCCGUAUUCGAUCCAUCAUCCUUGAGCUUCGUAUUAUGCGACACAAGCCUCUUCGAAGCCAUCCUAAUAUCCUCACAGUGAUUGGCUACGGUUGGAACGUGAGUAUAUCUAGGAUUGCGCCGUAUCUGCUUGUUCAGUAUGCGCCUUACGGUACACUUCGUCAAUACUUACAACACACCAAGUCCGAAACAUCAGUGGCGCAAAAGGAGAUACUGAUAGGCGACGUUGCAGCGGCGACAAGCGCCCUCCACCUCUGCGGUAUUAUUCACGGGGAUAUAAAGCUAGAUAACGUACUCGUGUUUCACUCGUGGGACCGCCCAGCUAAAUCCAUAGCUAAGAUUUCGGACUUUGGCCAUUCCUUGGUUGUCACUGGGAACGAAGACCCCGAACGAUACCUGAAAUACGUGGGCACGUUCAUAUAUAAUGCUCCUGAAGUUCAUAAUCAGACGGUUUGUCCAAUAGACCGAGCCGCGCUUAUUAAGUGUGACAUUUGGGCAUUUGGAAUUUUAGCAUGGGAAGUAUUCCUCGACGGCGAUGAAUAUACGAAUUAUAUCGCGAAGGUCGAACCACGGGCUGUUGACGAUAGCAAUGAACCUAUUAUAACAAUUCCACAUCGAUUUCUAGACCUAGCAAAGGCAUCGAUACCUUUUUCAAAAGUAAACUUACAAGGCAGCGUCAUCCGCUCGGCGUUUAAUAUGACCCUUCAAGUAGAUCCAACGAAACGCAUCUCCAAUCUUACGAAACUCCCGUUUUUGUCGAAGUGGCAUUCUGUUGGAGUUCAGGGGCUGCAAGCUGAUCUGGCACUUCAUUUCGGCAAUUCUGAAUGGUCUUAUGAAAUGUUCCGCCCUGAGAAUGGUAAAGAGAUCCCAUGGGAACAUGAGGUACAUAUAUAUCAAGGAUUACGUCGAGCCUACAACAGUUCGCACAGUCGGAACGGUGAUGCUGCCUGGCAACUUGCAUUAUGCCAGUAUCUCGGCUUUGGAGACUCUCCUAAUCUCGAAGCAGCUCAUCAAUUAGCUUUAGCUGCUGAGAGACUUGGACAUGCGGUUGCGACAACCUUCGCAUCUCUUCUAGCACCACAUGGUCCCUCUGAAUCUUAUCUUACCGAAAAGACUUAUGCUGAACGAAUAGUCAACUUACUUCGACAGAACAAUGCCGCAACUCCAUAUUCGCAGUUAGUCGAAGCGUGUUGUAAAGGAGAUGUCGAGACCAUCCUUUACUGGCUAGAGGUAAUAGUGGUAUCUGAUGAGACUACUGAAGGCAAAUGCGAUAUUCUACGAUUCCUAUUUGCGCUCGAAGAUAAUCCCCAACAAUCAGAGAUCCUAGAACGCUUAAGUUGGGAUGGAGAACAGUUACCGCUAGACCAGCCGACCAAGUCGGUAUAUAUUGCCCACAACCAAUAUCCGCUACGAUUAUUCGGAAGUCCACUAGUGUUUGCAAUAUCAGUCGGCAGUAUCAAGACUGUUCGUCAGUUGAUCUCGCUUGGCGCAAAUCCUUGCUCGAGAGCAUUCGCUCCGGAUCAAUUUCCUGAAGCAGACCAUCGCUCAAAAUGGACGCCGAUACACGUAGCCGUACAAUACCACUGCCCUGAAAUUCUAUCGGACCUCCUUAAAGUUGCGUUGGCCGCCGGUUAUAAGAGCGAAGUGCCGUAUGGCUGUGCACUAAGCUACUCGUCUUCCCUUGAACGUAUCGCAAUGCAUGGUAAUAAUCGUUAUACAUCGUUAGAAGCUGUUGUUUCUAUUCUAAAGGAGUCAGAUGAUCUGCUCGCCACAACACCGAAUGGAAUGACAGCUCUAAUGCAGGCGAUAGAUUUUCAGGAUGCAGAUGUGGUUUAUGCCCUUUGUAUGGCUGAGAAAAGAAUAGCUAUCACACCCUUCCGUGACCCUCGAAACUCGAUCAACUUCACUCACCCAAUUCACUUCGCAGCUCAGAUCGGAUCUCGGCGUGACGUUCCUGAGGUAUUGCGAAUUAUAGAAGUUAUUGCAAAGGACAUGGACUUCAACAAACCCCUAUACGAUAAUUUUGGACGCACACCUCUUCAUUUGGCAGUGACCGGUCCCUCCAAGUUGGUAGCCUCGUGGUUCUUGGAUAGGAAUGUUGGUUUAUUAAAUAUGGAGGAUAAGUUUGGCAUGACUGCGCUUCAUUACUGCGGUUCAGCCGCCAAUGCCAACCUGCUCCUCUCUAAAGGAGCAGACGUUAACUACACCAAUAAAUAUGGAAUGGCACCCUUACACUGGGCUUGCUAUCACGGUAAUCUAGACAUUGUCCGGUGUCUUCUCGAAAAUAACCCGCUGCUCAACCUAAAGAACAACUCCUACGGUACCCCUUUACAUUGUGCUAUCCUUCGGGGUUCAUUAGAUGUUACAAUCGCACUGCUCGAGGCCGGAGCCCCUGUCAACGAGGUGGAUAAGUUUGGAGUGGCGCCGCUACAUCUGGCUUCGUCCUUAUGCCGCUACAAUAUCAUUCGAAGCCUCAUGCAGCACGGAGCAGAUAUUCAUUUGCUAGAUCCGAAAGGUCGCACAGCGGGUACAAUAGCCAAAGAAUUAGGGACAAUGGCGGGUAUUAUCGCGUCUGAUAUUCUAGAUGAUGACAGCACUGUACCGAUUGAAGCCUUGUAUGCCCGACGUCUAGAUACCGGCUUCGAAGACACUAUCAUCACCGAAUCCCAGGCUACGAUAACAAAUCCGACGCUUGGGAAUAAUACUAAUGGAUUAGAGGUAGCAGUUGGUAGAUUUGAACCUCCCGACUAUGCUGGACUCUUCGAGAUCACUGCUGAGCAGAGCACUUUGAAUGAAGAAGAUGAGGAUGAGCCUGAACUCCAAGAACCGGAAAGGAAGCCCGCAGAAUUCAUCUACCACCUUAUUGAAGAAUACUCAUGUCCCGCCAGUGAUGCUAGACAUAUCGCACAUAAGCUCAUACCAGUUCUAGAGAUUGCUACGUAUAUCAACUUUAAGGAGAUAAGCAAAUAUGUCAACGCCGAAACACCUUGGUUGACUAUGUCAGAAGAGGCAAGUUACUUUGAAAAGAUAGUUGGAGACAAGAGAUCGAGGGUGUUUGAGUCCCUAAAGGGGGCUGUAGAUGUUAUACGGGCUCUGCGUCUUGUCCGGGAGCCCGAGGAUGCUUUUGCGAAACUAUACAGUACUGUUGAAGAAAGGCACAACUUCGACGACUCCAUAACCUGGUAUACGUACGACCGAUCCAUGGCGAUUAGUUUGGAGCUAAAUGGCUAACAAAAUCGACCUUGAAGAAACUUGGGUUCACAACCCUUAUUGCAUGCCUCCGGAUUACGUAUCACGAGAAGGGACACCAUCAUCGCAAAACGAGGAUGAAGAAGGAACAACAUCAUUAUUACCACGGCGAGAAGAGGGCGAGGAGGAGACAUCAUUAUCGGAUAACGAGGAUGAAGAAGGGGAUGGAGAGAUAUUAUUGCGAGAAGAGGAGGCGGGGAAAGGGAAAGAAAUUGCAAAAGUAUAAGAAGCGUUAGUUAUAGGAUCUUAUCAUACCAUUCUAGCUUCCUAGAAAAUCCGAUCUACUCGCUUGGAAGAUCAUACGCAAGCGAGGGGCAGAGGCUUAGCUUUUAUAUGAAGCUCAUACCAAGUAAAUCCCUAGGCUAGUCGUGUAUAAGUUUUAUAUUCUG